GAGAUCUAUAUAAAGGAGUAAGAUGAACGGGCGAGAUCAAGAUUAUCAUCACCAUCAAUCUGAGACAGCGAACAAUCCUCUUUCGAGAAAACCAACUUUAGCGAAAUACAACCCAGCCAACCAACCCUGCAACUACAUCAACCACACCCCCAAACAACCAAAGACCAAAUCACGAAAUGGCCUCCCUCGUCAUCGUCGCUGCAAUCAUCGUCGCCGUCAAGUCCCCCGACUGGAUCGAGCAGUAUAAGCAGCACAAAGCCAAGAAGGCAGGCGAAGCCGACUCAGACUCCACCCUGCCGCCAGACUACUUCGGACCCUCAUCCGAAGCAACAGAGACGACUUCGGGAAAACGCUCAAAGCGUGACCUUUUGACGCGGAAGUACUGGCACGAACGGAGGGAGUCGAGACAGUCUCGCGAGCAGAUCCAGUCCCCCGAGAUGAGCGCGCGUGCGGAUAGGAGGGGGAGCUUUGAGGCGCCGCCGCCUUAUAAUGGGCCGCCUGGGGUAUGUGCAAUCCUGCUUCUACGUGAAUUUCUCAUGAAGAACAAGCUAACAAGUCUGUCCGUGUCUGCAGUACCAGGAGGAUGAG